AUGGAGCUGCGUCUCUCUGCCUGCAUUCUGCUGGUACUUUGUGCGACAUCGUGUGCAAACGGAGGAAAUAUUUUGGUGUGGUACACCGAAGGCAGCCACUGGAUAAACAUGAAGCUUGUUCUGGAGACACUGAUUGACAGGGGACACCAGGUGACUGUCCUGGUCCCGAGCUCGUCAAUGUACAUGAACGCCAAUGAACCUGCCCGCUUUCACUAUGAGCCCUUCAACGCCUCUUUCUCAUUGGAGGCUUUACAGAAGAGCCUAGAAGAGUUCCUCCAAUUCAGUCUAUAUGAGAUUGAUUAUAUGAGCUACUGGGAGCUCUACAUCAGAUUUGCUGACAUGAUGAAAACUAACCUGCAGUUUUCUAUCCAGUAUUUGGACGGUGUGGUGAAAUCAGAAGCCGUCAUGAAGAAGUUGAAAGAAGGAAAUUACGACCUUCUCUUGGCCGACCCCAUCUACCCUGGCAGUGACUUGGUAGCAGAUAUUUUGGGGAUCCCACUCGUCUUCUCCUUGCGCUUCUCCUUAGUUAAUAACUGGGAGAGACAUUGUGGUCAGAUGCCUGCUCCACCAUCCUUUGUUCCUGGUGCUAUGAGCAAACUCACAGAUAAGAUGGACUUCUCAGAGAGAGUGUUGAACUUUCUCUUCUACGCUCUUCAAGACAUCAUGAUUGAUCAGUUUUCUUGGAACGUAUUAGACAGAUAUUACUCUGAUGUCAAAGGAACUCCCACCAGUGCCUGUGAGUUGAUGAGCAAAGCAGACAUCUGGUUAAUCCGAACCUACUGGGAUUUUGAAUUCCCUCGUCCUUUCCUCCCCAACUUCAAAUAUGUUGGUGGGAUCCACUGCAGACCUGCUAAACCUUUACCAGAGGAUCUGGAGGAAUUUGUGCAGAGUUCUGGAGAUGAUGGCAUUGUGAUCUUCACUUUAGGAUCCGUAAUCAACAACGUCACCAAGGAGAAGGCAAACAUGAUAGCCUCAGGCCUCGCUCAGAUCCCACAAAAGGUGCUUUGGAGAUACAGAGGAGAAAAGCCAGAAACUUUGGGUGCCAACACUCGAAUAUAUGAUUGGAUUCCUCAGAAUGACCUCCUGGGUCACCCUAAAGCUAGAGCUUUCAUCACCCAUGGAGGCACAAACGGGAUUUACGAAGCCAUCUACCACGGCGUUCCCAUGGUGGGCAUCCCCAUGUUUGGUGACCAGCCAGACAACAUGGUCCAUAUGAAGGCUAAAGGAGCUGCAGUUAUUCUCAAUGUGAACUUCAUGACAACUGAAGAUCUUAGAGAUGCAAUCAACACAGUCAUCAAUGACAAAUCGUACAAAGAAAAUGCUAUGCGGCUGUCCAGCAUCCACCACGACAGACCCAUGAGUGCUCUGGAAGAGGCAGUAUUCUGGAUCGAGUUCACACUGAGAAACAAAGGGGCCAAGCACUUGAGGGUCCAGGCCCAUGAGCUCACGUGGUACCAGUAUCUCAGCCUGGAUGUCCUGGGGUUCUUCCUCACUGUAGAUCUACUCCUCAUAUUCAUCUUCAUCAAGACCUGCAGUUUCUGCUUGCACAGGUGUUGUGUCAGGAAAGGAAAGACAAAAAGGAAGGCUGAAUAAUAACUAAACUGAAACGGUGCUGUGAAUGUUGGACUGGGGCAAUAUUUGUUACCAGCAUGAAACUUUCUUUCACAUAUGUUGAAUUUCCCUUCAUCUUCUCCUUUAUGCACCACCACUAAUGACUUUAACAGAUGCAUUAAUUUGCGUAACACAACCUGAAGUUGAUCUGACAUUAAAAACCAAAUGCUGAUUGGCCAUUUUGUUUGUUUUAAAGAAAAACACUAACAUCAGAUUGAAUUCAGUAUAUUCUAACUUGUUUUUUUUGUUUUGUUUUUUUUAAUGCAUACAGAAAUAUUUUCCUAAAAAGCAUUUCAUUAUUUAUGUAUAUAUUUUAUUUACUUUUGAUUUUUUUUUUUAUUUUUUAACAAAUUCAGUCCAGGAAAUGUGACAAUCAACAUCUUCAUCAAUAAAUCUGAUAUCUGCAUCAUGAUUCUGUGGCAUUUAAAGUCAAAUUUCACUGUAUGAUGAUGAUUUCUUUGAUCAAUAUUAACUCAGCCAUGAGAUGAUACUCUGUAAGGAUAUUGUAAUAACAAAUAAAACAUUUGCAUGGUGGUGAC